AGCUCCUUCGUCUCAAGACCACCAUUAGAGUACAGGACUAAGUGCUUGAAGGGUCUGAUUGUUGCUACUGAACGUGGCAUCAGCUUCAUUUCCGUGUUUAGUGUAAAAAGCACUCUAGCGUUAAUGGCUUCUCUUUUGCUUUUGUAAGCCCCCAACAGAGUUGAGAGAGAGUGAGGAGGCAUCGAACGUUUGUCGCCCGAAAGAUUACUCCGUCCUUGGUGAACUCAUUCUGCACUAGCGACCUCGCUCUCUGUGUUGUAUAUCAGAGAGGAGGAGGGAAAGAGGAGGGACCGCUUUCUCAUUGGCUCUCUCUCUCUCCCUCGGCCAGCGAACCGGAAGAAGGAAGAAAAAGGGUAGAAUCUUGAGAAGAGAAAUCGGAGAUAUGAACAAUUCGGAUUGGGCAAUAGACGACAACGGCCGGGGGGCAGUGGAGGAGGCCGCCCCCUGUUUGGGCAUCCCCACCACCCCAACCGACCCCGAUGGGGGGCUCGGCCUUGUUGGGACCCUGAUCUCGCCGGCCGGGAGCUCCGUCGACGACGAUGAGGCCGAAGACGAUGAUUCCGAUGGAGCAGAUGCGGCCUCCUCUGCAGGGGCAACCGUUGACCCGGAACCCUACCUCUCCAACCAAUUUUACACCUUUAAUCAGGAGUCCCACCGGCUUAUGUCUCGCUGCAUUCUGGAGUCGCGAUACCCAUCUCUGGACGAGAUCAAGGCGGCGACUCCUGCCUCCGUCCUCGUGUCCUGGCGCGGCGUCUGGAAGGACCGGAACGAAGACACCGCCUAUGCAACCGGCUGGAAGCGAAUUCAGGACAAGCUCGGGGCUGCCCCUGCCUCGCUGCGUCGAGAAGAGUCCCUCUUCUUCAAGAACAACCCCAAUCAAUUGGUGCCUCAUGUUCAGCAGUGGCAAGAGAUUGCCGUGAGCUGCCACUCGAAAGGUCCUGACUCGAAGCACUUGGGGUUAAAGGAGACCAUUGAUCGGAUAAAGCAGGUUUGGACUGUUGGUGCGAAGUUUUACGGCAUUCCGGAGGCGUUCAUCCGCGCGUGCUUAUUGAACUGUGCUGUUUGCCGGUCCGAGGAGGCUUCUGGGGGGCAGGGUAGAUCGAAGAGGAGGAGGUUCAAGUACACCGACACCUUCGAGGUACCCGCCAAGGAGGUUCCGCAGCGGCUGCAGCAGCUAGCGGCCAAGCAUAAAGUGGUGCUCUGCAUCCGCCAGAAGUAUAUCCGGUACAAGCCCUUCAUGGCGGAGGUGAAGGACUACUGUUGCCACCGGGCCGGGGAGCCCAAUAUGAAGAAGCCUGGGGUGCUGCAGAGGAAAAGGUAUAUCUCUAAGCGCUGCGGAUGCGGUUUCAGGAUCAGAGCAAUAGUGCCCAUCAAAGAUUACAAUCAGAAAGAUAAGAGUUUUACAUAUGAGGAUGACGGGAAGGCGGUUUUCAAUCUCUAUGCAGUGCACUCCGGCCAUGAGCCUGGUCCCCAUGAGGGUAGCGCGAGGAUUAUUCAUAGAUUUGUCGGGCCUGCAAAUUUAGCGAUUGAGCGGGGAGAAAUUGUUUGCAUGGGGACUGAAGGGGCUGAUGGUGCGUGCUUCUCUGUGACCAAUAAAGUGGAUGGGCAUAUGCGGUUGACAGUUUCGAAGCAGAUUGAAGAAUUGAAGGCUGAAUUGGGGACCGUGAUAUCAAAAAUACCAUGUUUACCAGAAGACACAUUGUUGUCGUUGUCCCAGGAGCUUUUGGGGAUUAGCCAGAAGCUGAGGAGUAUUCGGGAGGCCUCGGAGUGCGAUAAGAUGAUUGUCAGGCAUCAUCACCAAGACUCGGUAUUUCUGGAUGAUCCAAAUGAUCUUGAUGAUUGGGGAGACCGUCAUGAGAUUAAGAGUAGUAUUGUUUCUCGCCGGUUGAUGAAUGAUAGUGAUGGACAUGACUUUUUGAGUGUUGUUGGUGGCAUUUCCCAUGAAGCGAAUAGCUCCUUAAGAGCCAUUUCUGGAGGUUUAAGUAGUGCUGAAUGUGCCGGUAGCCUCAAGCUAUUGGACUGGAGUUUACCUGUGAAAGAGCCUUGUGAGCAGUUCAGUAGUGCCGAACCUAUUCUUUCUCAGGAUGAAGUUAAAAGUUGUAAAGAUCCUCAUUUGGAUGCUACCCAUGAUAUGUCUGUUAAUGGGGAGGAUGAAAAUCUUGUGGGUAUGAAUGUGGACGGAUAUGACAAUGAAAGUAUUAGAUGGUAUUUAGAUCCUAGCCCUGAUUGUGGUGAUAAUCUCUCUAUAGCUCUGCCGGAAGGUCUCAGACAUGCAAUUGUAUGAGAUAGUCCUUUUACUAAAGAGUGAGAGAACCUUCGUCGCUUGGGCAUCGUCUUUCGAAUGCUUCAUCAAUACCUGUUCUACGUUUCCCUCCAACAAAAAUUUCUGGCAGCUGCACGUGCCCUGUUGUAGAUUUUUUUUCUCUUUUUUUUUUUUUUUUUUAUGGAACUGAGAGUUCUAAUACCUGUACUUAAUGAACAUGCAACCCUGUUCUAAUACCUGUAGUUAAUGAACAUCCCACCCCUGUUCCUCUACUAUGGUAGAUCUGGUGUUCAUUUUACCUGUGAGAUGUCCUUUCUUUACAUCAAAGUAAUAUAUAGCGAAGAUCCUUUUACAUGAGAA